GUUUUCACCCCUCUCUCUGUAGUGAUUAAUAAUAGUCGUUAAUUGCAGUCACCAAAGCGUUCAUACAGCGACGUUCUUAAUAACAAUCGAUACUCACCCCUGUUGUGUAAUUGUGUAAUGAGUGUAAUUAUAGAAACAUCCGUAUACACUCGCAGGUUGCAAGCAGUUUGAAAGAAGGUAUUUCACCCGUUCCAACAUAGGGGCCGGUUUCCCGCCCCCUGAAAAAUUUACUCACUUUGAGAUAUAACAGACUUUCGAAGAAGGACAGGUGCGAGACUUUUUUCUUUUUGUGAAAUUUAUCUUCCUUAAAGCGAAUUUCGCAGAAAGUAAAUGUGUGGAAAUGAUGUAAUAUUGUUGAAGAGAACAGGAGCAUCAUCGCGGCUGCAAGUUGAAGAAGGAGAGAAAGCAAAUAAAGGAGGAUACUGCGCUGCGCAUUGCCUGACUGAACCUAACUCAACCUUGUAUCACUUCUAACCUCGAAUAAUUGUUUCAAUGUGCACCAAGUACAUGCGGCUUUCACAUUGUUUGUGAAACAUGGAUGUGUAAAAUUAAAUAUUUAUAAUAAUCGAGUUUACACAUUGAGUUUUGUAAAAUAGUGAAAAAGACAAAAAUUUGAAAAUUUCUAUCUCCUGCUGUACACUGAAUAAUAAUAAUAUUAGCCGGCUAUUGAUAAACUGUUGAAGACUAUUGAAUCAUUUUCUGGAAGUACGUUAUCAUAAAACAGAAAUGUUGAGGAAUAUCGUACACUUGUCAAUCAGAUCGAUUCACAGCGCAAAAUUUUUGAGAAUAGAUAAUUUAACAUCAACAACAAGGUGCAAAUAUUCUAGAUGGGUCAGUCGAAGGCCUGUUGCAAUAAUCAAUGAGGAUGAGCUUUUUGAUAAGGAUGAUAAGGACGAUACACAGACAAAAAUAUCCAAGCCAGUUAAAAAAUAUAUUUCUAAAGCACGUAAAGAAAAACUAAAGAAGAAAGAAAAGAAAAAACCAGAAGAAGUAAAGGAGGAAGUUGUUACAAAUGGACCGAUAUACAAACCCCUUGAUGAAAAUGAUAAAUUUAUAAGCUCUUUGAUGAUAAAUAUCAGGACUAAAAAGAGAAGAGAAAAGAAUGGCCAAAUACUAUUGGAAGGUUCUCGAUUGAUCCAAGAUGCGAUUCAAGCAGGUGUAAUGCCACAAAUAAUAUUCUUCAAUAGAUUAGCUGAUGUGUUACAAUUGUCACUUCCCAAGGAGGUACAAUUGUAUAAAAUUCCAUAUCGGACAAUUCAAUUGUGGUCUACCUUAACAACUUCCCCUGGAAUAUUUGGAAUCUUCGAUAUCCCAGAUGUUGAGAAUAACACACCUGCCAACGAUGCUAUACCUUUGACCAUUAUUUGUGAUAAUAUCAGAGAACCUGGAAAUUUGGGAAGCAUUAUAAGAACAGCCGCGGCAGUUGGUUGCGAAAAAUUACUCUUGAUGAAAGGAUGUGUAGAUAUAUGGGAGCCGAAGGUUUUACGCGGUGCUGUAGGUGCACAUUUUCGUGUAUCAAUACACAGAUCUCUCUCAUGGGAUGACAUACCAGCAUUAAUAAGCAAUGAAUCAACGAUUUAUUUAACGGAUAACAAUAUGACGUAUGAUCAUGUAUCAAGAGACAAUACAGUGUCAGAUACUUCCACCGAAACGGAUUGGGCCGAUACAGAAGAUGGUAAUUCAGAUAUAGACAUCAAUCAGAGCACUGAAACUGAUAAAACGAUAAAACCACUGAAAAUUAAUUCACACAAACCGACCGCAAAAACCAAAGCACUUGUGAGACAAAUAAUAUCUCAAUUUCCCAUUGUACCAUAUCAUACAUUAGACUUUGCGAAAAAGGAAGUGGUACUUAUUAUUGGUGGAGAAACUGAAGGUAUAAGCCUGCAAUCGUGUGAUUUACUUCGCGAUAGGAACUGCAUUCGUGUGAAUAUAUCGUUGACUAACGGUAUUGAAAGCUUAAACACUGCUUCAGCUCUUAGUGUUAUAACAUUUGAGAUAAGAAGACAAUUUAUAACUCGUACAAUCGGUAAAGAAUAAGAUUGUUUUGAAAUAUAUACGGAUAUUUCAUAAACCUGCAUUUUAUCAUUUAUGCACAAAAAGUAAGUUUAAGAAAAUAUAUUUUUCAUCAACGGUACUUGCGUAAAUGUUACAGUUGAAAGAAAAAAAAAAGAUAUAUAACAUUCGGAAUGUUUUUAUUACAAAAUUUUAAAUAUGCGACACAAUCUCAAUAUAUAAAGCUUAAGCUCUGAAUACUGCGUAAUACAGUAAAAAAUUAAAUAUGGCAAAAUAAGAAAAAAGUCGAUUAGUACUAUCUAUGAAUUACAGCCUCAAAUGUGUUUCAUAUCUGAUGUUCUCAGGCAAAUUUGCAAUAUAUAUAUAAU